CUCACUUGACAAAAUAAUCCAUACCAAGAAAAUCAUAAAAGAUACUGUGACUUUAUCAUACUGAUUUGCAAUCGAAAUUUAUUUUCUCUUCUAUACUGUUUGCGCACCGAAUUGACUUAAUCAGUUGCGAGUUGGAAGUUUCGGUUUCGUGGUGUUUGAGGUCCCUUUUCGAAUGGCAGGUUGCCCUGCACAAGUGCUGCAGAUUGAGCCGAAGAGUGAACUGGUAUUUGAAGGUCCUUUCGUCAAUGUAGUAACUUCUUAUAUGAAAUUGACAAAUCCUUUGAACCGAGCCGUUGGGUUUAAGAUCAAGACGACAGUGCCCAAAUGUUAUUGUGUAAAACCAAGCAACGGAUAUAUAGAACCUCAUCAAACUGUAGAAGUUGCAGUAAUGCUCCAGCCGUUCAGUUACAAUGCCGCAGAAAAAUUUAAUCAUAAGUUCAUGAUUCAGUCUCUCAUUGCUCCUGAUGAUCCUCGCCCUGUCAUAGAGGAAUUGUGGAAGGAUGUACCUCCUAGCAAGCUCAUGGACUCACGGCUCUUUUGUCUUUUGCGUUUGCCUGAUGAGCUUCAUGUUGAACCUAGCCGGGAUUUAGUCUUCGAAGGUUAUUUUCUUUGUUUUUAUGUAUUAACUCAACUAGGUCCUUUUGUGAGACCUGUUACAUCUAUUGUGAAACUGACAAACCCUUCUUCACAGUCCAUUUGCUUUAAGAUUAGCGCAUCGUCCCCAGAUCACUUUUCUGCCACCCCCAGUACAGGUGUUUUGUAUCCCCAUGAAAAUUUGGAGAUCUCAGUUGUGUUUCAUGCCGAUGAUUUCGACUUUACAGCAAAAAAUCGUGAGAGAAUGUUAAUUCAAUCUACCGUUGCUGCGGAAGAAGCAGAUCCAAAGAAAGAUCAAACAGUGGGUUUAUUUAAAAAAAUUAAAACAAUAGGCUUUGAUUAAAGAAGGAAAGGUGACGGAUUAUUACCUAAAAUGUGUGUUCAAAAACACAGGCAUUGUAAGUUAGUUUCUGUUCUAUUUUAAAUGUUUAGGUGGAAAGGAUAGAAGUUAGCAAACAGCAAAUUGCAUCAUCUGUAAGUGAAAAGCUUACUAACGCACAUUUUUAGAAACCUGUACAUGAUACUGGUGUGACCCAGACGGAUGUUGAAAGGUUAAUGGCUGAAAUAUCUGCUCUUCGCCAGGAAAAUGCUUCACUGAAGGAAUCGGAUCUCCAUUUACGACGUACAGCAGCUAUCUCAGAUACAUGUCGAAUGCCUAUUGAAUCUGGUGCUGGAUCAAUGCCUACCAGUGGUAGCCGUCAUCAUAAUCAAGCCAGAGCUGAUACUUUUAGUAACAUCCCACCGAUUUUAUAUUUAAUCACAGCUUUAAUCAUUGGUCUCUUCGUGGGUCGCUUUGUUCUGUAAACUUACUACUAUAGUUAUGCUGAAUCGUUGAUAAUAGUAAUAAUUCUUAUCAUUAUCAUUGCGUGAAAUUUCUUCAAAAUCCGUUCAUAUGCUUUCUCAGACAUCUCUUUUCUCAGUUUGUAUGUGCGUUUGUGUUUAUCUUUGCUAUUAUACAUUUCUGUAUUGACAAAAGAUUAACACUAUUUGUUUUAGUUAGUUGUUCAAUAUUUAAUUUGCUGCUCUCUUCAUGGUAAAAAUAUUCCAACAAACUUCCAUAAAAGUUUUCAAGGGAAUUCUAAUACUCAUCGGGAAAUGUGUAAACUUAAAAAUGGUGGAUACUUGUUUUGAUUUGCUUUGAGGUCAUUACAUUUAUCUUGUUGUUUUCUUCUAUGGUUAAAUAGAAAACCCAAUAAUAUAUUAUGUAUUAAAAGUGAUAAACAGAAAGGUUAAUUAAUCAUGUCAUUAAAGGGUAUGCUUAUAUGUUUAUUGUGAUGUGUAGUGUAUUUGUAUGUAUCUUGACUCACUAUUCCAACUAAUUAGUUAUUAAAUCUGAGGUGUAAUAUUCUACAAAUGCCCGAUCUCUUCAAGUGAAUCACUUUUUGUGU